AAACUUUAAUCAAGGCUAGGACACAACAUAAAUUGUGAAUGACCGAAUCAUUAAGCACCUAUCAUCGUCAUUAGUAUUAGGACUCCCUAAGCUUGAGAAAUAUCUUCUGGCUUUGAUUACAGGAAGUGCAAUUCAAACAUCUUUUUACCAUUUCAGUUUGGGUCAAAAAGCGUUUCUGCACUUCUGGGCAUCACUUCAUGUGAAAUUUAUCCUGCUUUUGUACCUUUUAAUAUUUAUCUGGACAAAAAAAUUGAUAUUUUUUACUUUGAAUAAUAUUUGUUUAGAAAAGAUAGUCGAAUUGAAUAAUUUCAUCUUGAUUAUUAGCAAUUCUGGGAAAUCGGAAAUGUCCAAGUACCUUCCCCGACCGUGCAAUUACCUGUGUCGCCUCAAGCCAUUCAUUCGGGUCUGUUUGAAGCCAUGUCAUCCUCCAUCUGUCCGAUGGCAGCAGAAAACGAAGCCCAGAUUGAGAACUCUGCAGACUACUCCUUCUGGACAAGCUCACCUUCAAAUUGCUCAGUUCCGUCUUCAGAAAUCAACCAAGUCACAGCGAAAUUUCCAAUGUAUUGUGCUGAGCUGAACAUCCCAUUAGAUCCCUAUGACUGGGACUCGAAACACAUCUCCCUGUGGAUUGAAUACCUGGUCCAGGAGUAUUGCAUCGAUGACUGUUACUUGAGCUACAUACUUCCUUUGCUGCCCCAAACUGGGCAGAAACUGAUCGAUUUCUUGGACAAAAACUAUCAGGCGAUUCCAUUUGGGUACAAACUGAUCGAGACACUGAUAUGUCUUCUUGAAUAUAAAACAUCUCUCGCUUCUCUGUCCGGGUACUCAGAUUGCGCCGUUGUCAUCCCGAAAAUGCCGACCUCUUCAGUGCUGCAACAACACUCGAAUGUGCCGGCUGAUUCUCCUCUGAGUAGACAUUCUUCCGGUGCAACUAACCCGAUGGCCACAGAGUGUUUCGAGUCGCCGCCUCUUGUGUCUCAUUAUGCCAACAACCAGUUCCCUUACCAGUCUUAUUAUACUUCGGACUGUGACUCUGGCUACCAGAGCUCCGAGAAACUCUGCUCCCCGUAUCAUCUGCAUGACACAACCCCCCAACAACAACAUCAACAACAACAACAACAACAACAACAACAACACAUCAAGCAAGAGAUAUUCCACACAAACUCCAUGUCCCGAACCCCCUGCCCGAACUACGGGCAAAAAUCACCCCCGAUGAACAACAACAUGUCGUCCUUUGAACAGUCAAAUUCAGGUCGACUGCCGAUGUUAAUUGCAGGAGCACCUGAGUUCAUGACAAGCACACCCAACUCAUCACACUCUAAUAUACUAGCGAACGAUUCAAGUUCACCCUGUGAUGCUUCGGGUAUAGACUACCACUCGCUCGCAAUCCAAGAGUACAAUUCUACAAACGAGGCGAACUUUGACGAAGUAGCGGCGGCGUCUUUCUUGGCGGCUUCUCAGAGCAACCACACUCAGCACAACAAUCAUCACAUUCAUCACAUGCAUCACCAUUCGGGAGGGGGAGGGGGAGGGGGACAGUCAGUAGGAGGUGGUAGUCUCACGUCAACAGCAGCACCGAACUCAGCGUCACAAAUUAUAAACUUCUCAAACCAACCAUGCACACCAUGCAAGUACGAGUACAUCACACCUUCAGACAUGCUCUUCGCACAAUACCCCGGUCUGAUUGGACCAACAGGUAUGCACCCCCCACCACCAGCAGCAGUAGCCCAGAGGAGGUCAGCAGUGGGUGGAAUGGCCCCUCCCCCUCCUGUCCACUCGACUGUGGACUUCGGGGGCUUAGGGUACCCAGCCUCCCUCUAUGGUCAUCACACUAUGGACCCAUACGACCACACUAGACAGCCACACCAGACAAACUCGCCUAAUGGAAACAACAACUGCGGAACUGGUCCAAUUCAGCUGUGGCAGUUUCUGUUGGAGCUUCUGAUGGACCCAUCGAAAGAGCCCAUCAUCUCGUGGACGGGCGACGCCUACGAGUUCAAACUGCACGACCCGGACGAAGUGGCCCGUCUGUGGGGGUGCAGGAAAAACAAACCCAAAAUGAACUACGAGAAACUGUCACGUGGGCUCAGGUACUACUACGACAAGAAGAUCAUCACAAAGACACAGGGCAAAAGAUAUGUGUACAAAUUUGUAUGUGAUUUGAACAAGUUAGUGACCGAACAACAGCAGCAGCAACAAUCUGACCAAUUUCCGCAAUUUCAAACGCCUGUUUCCCAAAUGGAGGAAAAAAUGGCACCGAAAAUCAUCUGAAAAAUUAAAAUGCAAUCAAAAACUGGAGAAAAUUUUGAGUUGAAGCAACAUUGAAUUUGAAAGCUGGACUUUCGAAUUUGAAAAUUGAAUAAAAAAACACUUUCCUUGUCUAUCCUAACCUUAAGCUCUGUAUCUUGUAAAUACUUCUGUCAACCCAGCCAGCAACCAGUGCUUCAAACACAAAUUUGAUUUCAGUUUUAGAUUUGAACCCUGUUUCAAAUCACGGUCAUGAUGAAGAAUUAGUUUUGCUCGUGGCCGAUCGAUAUAUAAAAUUUAUUCGUGUUCCUUACCUAUAACGAUAGAUUGAUUUUGCUGCGCUAGUUUGUUUAACUCUUAAGUAAAUGAAAUGCCAUGCCAAGUUUUCUUUAUGUCUUUGACUCAGUUGAAGUUGAGGCGUUCAAAUUAUCCCAAACUUGCAAACAUACCGAUGCAAUAUUUAUUUUUGUUAUUUCUGUUGAUAUAAAUAUCAUAGAGCGAAGCAAUUGAUCAAUUAAUAUAUGUAUGAUUAAAUUAGAAUUCAACAAUUCAAUAGUUUUUAAAUCA